AUGAUUCAUUCCCUAAAACCAAAGAAGAGAUGCUAGUAGAUUUGUUAUGAACAUCAAUUCAUUUUGAUUCCAAAAUAUAGUGAAUGUUGGAUUAAGUCAUAAAUCACUCUCGAUUAUUGUCCUGUUUAUAAUGAAUUCACUGGAUAGUUUGAAAACAUAGUUCCUGUUCUGAAUUGCGAUAGAUAGCCCGGACUCCCUACAUUCAUCCUAGAAUAUGAUAGAACUUAAUAUUAAUUCAAUCUAGAGAGAUAUUAAUAAGAACAUCAAUUGAAAAUUGAAGAAUAGAGAAUCAAGAAGACCAAAAUGUUAGUUCCAAAGCCUGGCAAAAAACAUAGAUAUUGUGGAGUCUGCAAAAAAAAUUAUGAAGAAUAUUUAGAUCAUAUCCAAUCUUAGGAGCAUAUAAAUACUUUUAAUACCUAUAGAAGUGUAAAUCUGAUUAGAACUUUAAUUCAAGGAUUUUAAAAUGUGAUUAAUCACGAAUUCUCAGAUUAAAAAUAAUCUAGCAUCUUGUUUUGCGAUUCAAAUACCAAAAUUCCUAUGAAUAAAGAAAAUUUUGUGGCUUACUUUGACCAAGAAAGAAUUGGAGUUCGAUUUCAAAAAUAAUAGAUUAAAGACAUUCCUAUGCUUGAAUAUAAAAUUCCAAGUUCGAAGAGAGGCAGACCUCCAAAAACCAAAUAGAAGAAGGAAACUAUCAAGAAAGCAAAAGUUUAAGAAGACAUUCCCAUUAUCCCACAUUUUUAACCAAAUACAUAUUUGGACUUUUAUUAUUUACAAUAACAAUAUUUGUAAGCGUAGUAAUAAAUGUAAAAUCAAUAAUAACAAUAUUUAUGCUAUCCAUAGCCUCAACAAUAGUAUUUUAGAGACUAGAUGCAAUAUUUUAAUUAAAAUUCAUAAUUAGAUCUAUAGUUUUAUCAAAGCUUGAUGUAAUAGUAAUAGCAUUUCUUAUAAUUAAAAGAAAUAGAAGAACGAAGAGAAUACUCAGACAGAUCUUCGUUAUGGUAAAAAUUGAUAUAAUUAACAAAUUAUCAAUAACCAACUCAAAAUGAAAUAGUUUAACUUUUGCAUACCAUAAUCGAGUAAUACGAAUGCAAUCCUCGUAACAAUCAAAAUCAAAAUCUAAAUCAUAAUAAUAAUGAUUAGCAAUUUUAAUGAUUUUAUUAAUUUUAAUUGUUUGUAUUUCAUUUAAU